GUUUUCGGAGAAGAGGAAACGGUUCAGAUGAAGUGAAGUUAUUCAUUAAAAUUAUUUUAUUCCCCAUGCUGAGUGUCAAAUAGAUAAUUAUAAGUAUUUAAAAAUAUUUUGUUAUAUGUAAACAUUAUUUUUAUGUCUCUUUAGGGAAACCUGGACACAACAUGAAGUGAGACCCCCUCCCUCCCCACUCCCGAGCUAGCAGUAUACCUCAUAUCAGGGUGGCAGGAGAACAAGGUGAACUCUAACAGCAACAAGCCUGCACAGAAGAGCGGAGGGAAGGUCCCAGCAGCAGCCUCAGCACCUCUGAGCAGUGGAGCCAAACAGGGAGGCAACAGUUCAUCUCGAUCCAGUGUGAGCUCAGGAAGGAGUAACAGCCUGGGCAGCAGAGGUUUGGGCUCGUCUGUUAGUGGCAGCAGAGCUGGAGGCAGUUUGAAGAGAGGCGGUCAGCAGAGCCUGGUUGGUCAGCAGGGCAGCAGAGCGGUAUCUCGCCCCAACAGACCGGCUCUACGCCUCUGCAGCAGCCGCAGCUUCUCAUCCCUCCACACUUCCUCUCUCACCACCGCUCCAUUCAUCCGGAGCAGCCGCUCUCUCAGCAGACUCGACCAAAGACCCAACAGAGAUGAUUCAAACCACAAAGCUUUAAGUUCACAAGCAGAAAAAGGAGAAACCACAGAAAACAACCCCAUAAGUCCUGACCAGCUGAUCAGGCCUAACACAGAUCUGUGUCAGGGUGAUGAAUCAGAGAUAAUGAAAACAUGCAGCUCCUCUCAGACAGCAGAGUCGUCCUCUCCUCUGGUCUCCACCGCUGAUUGUUACCAACACUGCAGCAAAGUGAAGAAACAGAGCAGAGAUGGAGUGUACACACUCUGUGCAAUGACCUCUGGGAUGAGACGCAACUGGGUCCAAGCUGUGUUGAAGAAUGUUAGGCCUGGCCCUACACCUGAUGUCAAAGGCUCUGUCACAGAGCAGCAGCCUCCCUCACGUCCAUCUGACGGUCUGAAGGAAACUGAACACACAAACAGCUGUUCAGAAAACUGUGCAGAGGAAUCACAAAACCAGCAGAAAGAACAGAAACUCUGUCUGCACAGUCCUGCUGAUAAAAACUCUGCACCAUCUACAAUCUGCCCCUCUUAUCUCUUCACCCCAAUCUCACCCCCCGCCUCUCCCACCCUGUCCCCUAACGAGUGUGCACAGCAGAGGGAGGAGGGUGGAGGUGCUUCCUGUUGUCUUGUUGAAGUCUCACAGACAGGUGUGACAGAUACUUUGUCACAUGUCGCUGGAGCUGAAGGCAAUUCUACUUCUACAACAAUGCCGUCAAAAGAUGAGUGUUUGACUAAAAGUUCAAACAUGCAAAGUGAAACUGAGCAGAGAGUGAACACCACCCUCCAGAGUGAAGAGCAACAAGUGUCAGGAAACAAGCAGAAAACUGGGCAACUCGUCAAAGAGCUUGAACUCACACAGAGGGAACUUUCUCGACUGCAGAAGUUAAACAGGAAUCUGCUGGAUGAGCUACGACAACAGAGAGAGAGUCAACAUCUUUUACAGGUUGUUAAUCUUCCAAACGGGUCUCCUCAACAAGCUUUGGCUCUGCAGCGGCUGCAGAAGAUGAACCUUGACCUCCGCUCUGAGCUGGAGGCUCUGAAGAGGAGUCAGGAGGAGACCAGAGAAGCCGAACUGAGGCAAAGAGUGGACCUCUUGGCUCAGCAGGCACAGCUCCUGGUCACAGGUGAUGCCACAGCUCUCGCACAGGCCCAUCUGGAGCAAGACCGCAGACAGUUUCAGGAGCAGCGAGUGGAGUGGGAGCGCUGUGUGGCCUCCCUGAAGUCCCAGCUGAGUGCUGCUGAGGAGCAGAGGGGGGAGGCAGAGUCUCGCUUCACACAGCUGCAGCAGGAGGUGCAGGGUUACCACAGUCUGCAGGAGGACGCAGAGCACUUGCAGAAAAAUCUGCAAGACAUGAAAAGUCAACUUCAAGCCAAUGAGGAGGCACAGGCUCAAAAAGAGACUCGUCUACAGAAACACCUCCUGCUGCUUAAAGCCAGUCAGGAGAGAGAGCGGAGGAGUCUGGCUGCCAGCCUCGCACAGGAAGAGCAACACUCACAGGACCUUCAGCAGAGACUGGAACAGGCGGAGGAGCAGGUGGGGAGCCUGAGUAAGACUCAGACCUGGACAAGAGAGAUCGAAACAGCUCAACAGCAGCUCCAAGAGGAACUGACAUGUACAGUGUCAGCUGUACGGAAACUUCAAGAGGAAAGAAAGCAGCUGGAGCGCCGCUGUGAAGAGCUGCAGAGUCAGUUAUCUGACGCAGACGGGGAGGUGAGUCGACUACAGAGCCGCCUGAAAACAGACGAGACGCACUACUACAACCUCGAGCACUCAUAUGAGAGGGCGUGUGAGGAGCUGCAGGUAGCCUUAGGGAAGGUGAAGCAUAAAGAAACAGACACUGCGGACAUACGAGAGGGGUACGAGAGGCUCCUGGACAGGAAGGAGCAGGAGCUGACUGAAAUUCUGCUGAAGAUGGAGGUACUAGGAAACAGCCUGGAGGAGACAGAGGUGAAGCUGAAUGAAAUGAUGAAAGUUUGUACCUGUUCCACUUCAGGGGCUCCUCAACAACAGAACACUGAUCCCACAGUAGACAGUGGCUCAGGUGCUGUUGAACAUGCACAAACCCGUUCUGAGUCAUCUCACCCGUGUGCUGUCACAGCAACAGACGAUCAAGAGAGGUUUAUGUCUGUGAUUCAGGCUCUUGAGACCAAGCUGUAUGUGACGGAGGAGAAACUGAGGGACAUCAUGCAGAGACUGGAGGAACAGCAGGGUCACACCAGCUGUCAGGACCCCCACCUCUGCUCCCAGCUCACCCGGAGCCGAGCCAACGCUCAGCACCUGAGUCUGCUGCUGCACAGCCAGGCCAAGCAGAGCCAGCGUUUCGCCCAGGGGACAGAAAACCGCUGCAGGAUGCUGCUGGGCAGGUUUCAGGUGGCGCUGAACAUCAUACAAGCCUGCAGAGAAAAACUUCAAGCCAAUCCAAUUAAUAUAACAGAGUUUGAGAGGCAACUAGCCAGUGCUGCUGCCUGCCUUCAGCAAGGAGAGAAAGAUGCAGAGAAACAAGUGCAUGAAUCACGACACGCAGGCAGAGGAGAGGACAAGAUCCUGAAUGAUGAAGCAUCAGCCGGAUCUGAGAGGAAGCCCCCUGAGGAGGACGUGGAGAGUGUUGGAAAGUGUUUGAUGAGGGAACUAUUUGUAACAGAGAAAAUGGUUUCAGUCCUUCAGAGUCAACGUGGACUAAUACACUCAGUGCCAAGAGAGACUGAGGGGGGCUUUGCACAAAGGUACAGAAACAUCGUCUCCCAAAGAAUAGCUUUAAAACUAGACAGAACUCAGUCUGGAAGAACAGAGUAUGAAAACACUGAACCUUUAGAAAGCACCAUCCACAGAGUCUGUGCUGAAGCAGAGCUGAUAUAUACAGCCUUUAGACUUCAGCAGCAAAAUGAGAGCGGGACCAUCACACAAAGUCAAGGAGCGGAGCAUCAAAGGAAGGGUCUGGCAGAUAUUAACCCCCCUGAGCUGGCUCCUUAUGAAGGCAGAGGUUCAGAAGCAGCUGCAGGAGAGAGCGAUGACUCUGAUGUCAGAAAGGUAGAGGCAGAGAAAGAAGCAGACUGGUUACAGAGACUGAUACCCCGGCUACAGAGAAGAGCCGAAUGCUUGAACCAGCUGUGCCAGGAGACUUCUGAUGGUGAUGCAGCAGAGGGCAGUAUGGACGUAAAGAUGGAAAAUGCUCCUGCAGCAGACUUGAAUCGAAUGCAGGAGCAUGCGAAGAUGAUAUAUUUGUUGGAGAGACUGUCCUUGGAUUAUGAGCAUCAAACUGAGGAGUUAGAGGAAAAACUGCAGGCUCUGCGCAAAGAGGAAGAUGUCAUAUUAAAGAACGAGCAGGAGGCUUUAAAUCACAACCUGUGUCAGCUUCAAGAAGACAACAGUGCGCUAAGAGAUGAGCUAGAGCGCGCUGAGCUCAAGAUAAUCUCUGUGGAGACCGGGAACCAGAGACUCCUGGAAAACAUGCAGGAAAUUGAGGAUUACCACGAGGAACGGAUAAACAAACUGGAAGCAGAGUUUCAGGAGAAGAUAACAGAGCUGCAGCACAUCCACGAAGAAGAGAUGAAGUACUUGCAUUGUUACUACACCAAGUCUUGUUUGUUCAAAGAGAAGCAGACCAGAACCUGCACAGAUGCUCCUGCUGUCACUGAGUGUGCAUCCUCCUCACCUGACCAGACUGUGACGAAGAAGAGAAGCAGAGAGGAGCUCGGAGAACAGGCGAUGGGAGCUGAUGCAGCAGAGUUGAGAGGAGAUCAUGAAAUACUUGAGGCCCCUUGUGAUGGGAGUUUCACUGCUCUGGAGGAAAUGCACAGACAGCUGGUUGGUGACCUGCAGCAGCAGCAUGAGCAGGAGGUGGCAGCUCUUCUGAAGGAGAAAGACCAUCUGCUGCAGGAGGAGACGGCCUCCACCAUGGCAGCCAUUGUAGCGAUGAGAAGAGCUCAUAAACAGGAGCUGGAGAGGAGUCGACGGGCUCAGCACAUCAAGGAAAGUGCUGACAUCACACAACUGCAAAUGGAGUACGACAAAGAGCUCCAGGUGCUGCAGAAGGAGCUCGAUGUGUUGUCGGUUCAGCACACUCAGAAGUGUCUGGAAAGCGCCCAGCUGAACAAAGAGCUGCAGGAGGAGAGACAAUCCUCGGUGCAGUACCAAAGAGAAAACCAGGAGCUCAAAAAGAAGCAGAGAGAGACAGAAGACACGACUCAACAAUAUUUCUCUCUGAAUGGGAAGCAGCUGCAUGCUGCCUCUCAAGGAAGUGACUUCUAUGAGAUGGAGGUGAUCCUGAGGGCGAGGGAGGCAGAAAUGCAAUUUCUCAGACAGGAAGCUCGCUCACUGAGGGAGGAGUUGAAGAUUGCUCGAUUGGACAAAAUAUAUGCCCACCACAAGCUGAAGGCUCUCUAUACAAACAAUCAGGAUGAACCCAAUCCUGACGUCAACAAACACUGUGAAGAUUUCAACUUCUCCACUUUGUCUCUUGGCAGAGACGCUGCAGCUCAGAGCCUCGAGGACACUGUGACAAACACAAACAACGCUGCUUUUCUGGAGAAAACAAAGAAAUCAUCCCUCACACGUCAGAUCAGAGGACUGAGCUCAAUGAGUUUAAAAGACGGCCUCUCUGCCCAAGAGAGAAUGAAGCUGUUUGAGUCAUAGGAUCUACUUCUUAUUAUGAGAACAUUCAGUGUGUUCCACCAGUGUAAAAAAAAAUGUCAUUAACACAUUGUACCACUAGAUGUAGCAGCACACAACACAUGGCUCCAUCUGAGGCUGAGAUCAUGUUCAUGUUUUAAACUUCUGUUCUGCAAAGAAAAAGUUUGAUGACCAAAAUAUUUUUGCUGUGAAAAUAAAAUAAGGCACACUUUAAGAAUAGGGCUAUUUUUUAAUAUAGAACAACAAGUUUGUAAUGUUGAUAUUAUUAGUUAUGUAUGAAGAUGAAGAUGUUGUACUGUUGCAUCAUUAUCUAAUGUAAAGAAAGACAAUAAAGUGAUAUAACCUUA